AUGCAGCAUUGUUUCUUCUAUCGCCGACCAAGAGCUCUAACACUGGUAGUUUUCCUGCAAAUCUGGCUUUUUCUACCACACGAAUCUUGGGCCGGCUAUUACGAAAAAAAGCUUCUGCAUAAACUACUUGAUACUUACAAUGUGCUAGAACGCCCAGUCGCUAACGAGUCAGAUCCGCUCCAGUUAAGUUUCGGAAUAACGCUGAUGCAGAUAAUAGAUGUGGAUGAGAAAAAUCAACUCCUUAUAACAAACAUCUGGUUGAAAUUGGAAUGGAACGACGUAAAUCUAAGGUGGAAUUCCUCGGAAUACGGCGGUGUCAAAGACCUGCGAAUACCUCCACAUCGUCUGUGGAAGCCAGAUGUUCUUAUGUACAACAGUGCUGACGAGGGCUUCGAUGGAACUUACCCGACCAACGUUGUAGUCCGUAAUAACGGCAGUUGCUUCUAUUUGCCUCCGGGAAUUUUCAAAAGCACAUGUAAGAUCGAUAUCACCUGGUUUCCUUUUGACGAUCAAAGAUGCGAAAUGAAAUUUGGUAGCUGGACAUACGACGGCUUACAAUUAGAUCUACAACUUCAAGAUGAUAGUGGCGGAGAUAUUAGUAAUUUUAUAACAAAUGGGGAAUGGGACUUACUAGGCGUCCCAGGAAAAAGGAACGAACUCUAUUACAACUGUUGCCCGGAGCCUUACAUCGAUAUUACAUUCGUCAUAAUAAUCCGAAGGCGGACUCUAUAUUACUUUUUUAAUCUCAUCGUGCCGUGCGUCCUGAUAGCAUCCAUGGCCGUUUUGGGGUUUACGCUGCCUCCGGACUCGGGAGAGAAGUUGUCGCUAGGAGUCACCAUUUUGCUGUCACUGACAGUAUUUUUGAAUAUGGUAGCUGAAACGAUGCCAGCUACAUCCGAGGCUGUACCACUUCUAGGAACCUAUUUCAACUGCAUUAUGUUUAUGGUUGCUUCAUCUGUGGUGUCAACUAUUCUUAUUUUAAAUUAUCACCACCGGAAUGCUGACACUCACGUCAUGUCACCAUGGAUUAAAAUAGUAUUUCUCACAUGGCUUCCCAAAAUCCUAUUGAUGCACAGGCCUGGAGAUAGCGACGGUAGCAAUACGUACUCGCCUCCUCAUCGACCGUCUUCGGUACAAACGGACAGAAAGACAAUAAGUUUUCCGGAUGUCGAAAUGAAAGAAAGAUCUUCGAAAAGUCUUUUAGCAAAUGUUUUGGACAUCGACGACGAUUUUCGACAUAACUAUCGUGGCGGUGGGACACCCACACCGUUACCUGCUACAUUUUAUAGAACAGUUUUUAGGAACACUGACGAGAGCACCAACGGAAGCGGACCCCGAGUCCAAGAACAGGGCAUAGUAUCAUCGCAGCACAAUCUCCUCAGUCAAGAGUACGAGCUGGCAAUGAUCCUGAAGGAAAUCCGAUUCAUCACCGAUCAAAUGCGCAAAGAGGAUGAGGCUCACACCAUAACGAGAGACUGGCAGUUUGCUGCCAUGGUAGUCGAUAGACUGUGCCUUAUAAUAUUUACGUUAUUCACCAUAAUCGCAACUUUAGCGGUGCUAUUCUCGGCACCCCAUAUUAUCGUCUCGUAG